UUAUUUCAGUGCAACCGGCGCCAUGAGGACGCCUAUCUCACCUGCCAUUCAACAUUCUUCACCGGAUCACGGAUACCUUGGAAUUCAAAUAUUUUCGGCUCUUUCACGUAGGAGACGCAAUUAUAUGAUUGCGAUUGACAGCAGCCCCACUUUUGUUCAAACAUUAAUCUUGCUUUAAUUCUCUACUGCUAUUCUAACUGGUACUAAAGAGCUGCUACUUUUCAUUUUCUUUCAUGUAUCCAGCAUUAUGUAUACAUUUACCCUAUUAGAGCACCCCUCGAUUAAAAUAGACUAGAAACAUAAGUAUAUACACACAACAUAGAUGCC